AUCAUAAAAUUCAACAUUCAAAAAUGUUUCAAGAACCAGACUACAGAGAAAACCUAUCAUUGAUGUUAUCAGAGGUUUUACAUGACAUUGGUGUCAAUGAAAGAAUGGUGAUGAGAAGGAGAAGAAAUUACAUGCUGAAAGAGACUAUGAAUAAUAUCAUAGACAGAGUAAUUGAUCUAAAUGUUACUGAAUAUUUUCUAGGUAGUCAGAGUGAAGGUACAACUACUAUAGGACUUGGUUCAGACCUUGAUGUUUUAAUCUGUGAUAAUAAUUACAAUAUAAUUCAAGACUGGUCGGAGUGGGAACAAGACAAAGUGAAUUACCUAAUGAUACAGAAUGAGAACACGACCCCUGGGUAUUGUCUGUUACAAAUGCUUCAACAUGAUGCACCUCUUCCUGUAACUGUCGUUCCUGAUGAACACCAUAUGAAUGAUAGAAGUAGAAAAGUAUUGUAUAAAAACACAGUAAUAAAUGGUGUCAUUCAGGGUGCUGUAGGUCAUGGACCAUCACUUGCUGAACAAGGACAACCUGGAUUCUCUGAUAAAGACGUUGUGUUAGCUUAUUCAUGUAAAUCAUGGCCUCAAUCAGCAUCAGGUUGGUUAAAUAGACAAGGUAUUGGCAGAUGGCCAACACAAGACAUGAGAAGAUAUGCAGCCAGGACUGGGUGUUUUGUUGUUCCAACUGGAGGUAAGGUCAGUGAAUAUCCUGAACUGGAAUGGAGAAUAUCUACAUCUUUGGCAGAAAGAUGUUUGAUGUUACAUUUAAAUAUUACACAAAUAAGGUGCUAUGUGUUAUUGAAAAUUAUUCUUAAAUCCUUCCUGAAUCCUCGAGACGAAAUCAAUAUAUCAAGUUUCAUGUGUAAAACAGUUCUAUUACAUUGUAUAGAAAACACCGAGCCAAGUGUAUGGAAAGAUAAUAAUUUAUUUAUAUGUUUAACAUACUGCUUAUUGAAAUUACACAGUUGUGUACAGAAUGACUGUUGUUCACAUUCGACUAUACUGGAAAAUAAUUUGAUGGCAGGGCAAUUUACAGCUGAGACAAAGCAUGAACUUUCAAAAAAUAUUUGUAAACUUAUACAGAAUGAUGGACAAUGGUUACUUAGUAUUAAUAUUGAUAAUCUUGGUUGUAGACUUCAAGUUAAACUGAACAGGGUACCACAUGGAGUUUACUAUUUUCUUUCCUCUCUUGAAAUAUAUGAACAAGUUUUGACCUUGGGAUAUAUAGGCAUUGCAACAAACAUUUGUGCGCAGUUUAAUACUGUUUUAAAACAUUUUCAAAAUGAAAACAUAAGAACAAUAAAGCCAGCUGUAGUCAAAUUGAUGAACUUCAGUAAUAAUGGUAAUAGAUUAGAACAUGCUGCAUUCAAGCUUCUAGCACCUUUUCUUUAUACUACAUAUGGAUCUUUCUUAGCAUUAUCCGGCACUGGUGAAAAUAAUCAAGUGUCACCUGAAGCUUUGGUCUGGCUAUCAGCUGGUUUAAACUCAGAUAUCUCUUCUAGCAGACUUAAAUUGGUUUCAGAGUUCUACAGUACAGGUGAUAUGGAAAAAGCUGAACUAAUUCUGAGACAAACUGAAGAACAAUAUUAUUCUAAUCCUGUUGUACCUAUUUGUGGCUGCUGGACAAAGCCUAUACAUACACUUACAGCAGAAAUCAAAAGGAUAUGUAGUGAAGAAAGUGAGUCCUAUAUCAAACACAUUACAGCAUUUUGUGUUAGAUUUAUACGGAAAGAGAUCAACUGUAUUCCUCAUGAACUACAAUAUGAAAUGUUCAGAUCUACACAAGAUGAAAUGAUAAACAGAGAUGAGUAUAGAGACUAUUGGAUGAACUGGGCUGUUGUUGAUUCUCUACCUUUCCUGUACUUCCUACAAUAUAAGAUCUACCGUCAUCUGCAAAGACAUCAAGAUCAACGACAAGCACUUAGUAAACUUAUAAGAACCAUAGAAACUGAUGAAAAUCUUGGACAUAGGGAAACAGCCCUAAACAUUUUAGGGCAAUGUUUGGAACAGGAAAACAGACCUCAACAAGCAUUAAAAUGCUACUUGCUUUCUCUUCAACAACGGGCAAGAAACAAUGCAGCAAAUUUCCAUAUAUGUAAGCUCCUUUCUGGCUUACUGGUUAGUCAAUAAAAUGGGAUCAAACAAAAAGAAAGUAUGAAGACUUUAGUUUUUAAUGAUCAUAUAUUGCUUGUGUGUAUCAAACUUAAUCAAAUGUCAAAAUAUAGGCCUGUCAUUACAUUUUCUAUCACAAUAUUAUUUUGAAAUAACAUUCAACAUAUGAAUCCAACUUCAAUGACUUUGAUAUCUGAUUUUACACUCAUUUUAGAGUCAAGUGCCUAUUGUGAAGUAAAGUGAGCAUUGUCUUAAAAGUUUAAAGUAAACCCUUUACUCCCAUUUUAUCUAUGAAAAAAAUGUCUUUAUCUAAGAUUUAAAUUUAGCAAGCAAAUAAAGCAAGCAAAAUAG